GUGUAAACCCCAGCAGGUGGCCUAGCAUCACUGCCCCACCCUUGCCCCUGGGGUGCCCUCUCCUGGAUGUCUGAACAAUGGGGUGCCUCUUGUUCUGCUUUAGAUCCCAAAUCCUGAUGAAACCUAAUGGAUCCCACGCUUCACAAAUGCCCAGAACUUGAAGCUGCCAAACCCCAACUCGAACCACAGGCCUCCUGUCUGUCUGCCACACCCGGGGCGGAGAGGAAAUUCCAUGUCCUUGUGGGUGUCACCGGGAGCGUGGCAGCCCUGAAGUUGCCUCUCCUGGUGUCAAAGCUUUUGGACGUCCCUGGGCUGGAAGUCACAGUGGUGACCACGGAGAGGGCCAAGCAUUUCUACAGCCCGCAGGACAUCCCCGCCACACUCUUCAGUGAUGCCGACGAAUGGGAGAUGUGGAAAGGCCGCGCUGACCCCGUGCUCCACAUCGACCUGCGGAGGUGGGCGGACCUCCUGCUCGUGGCGCCGCUGGACGCCAACACGCUGGGCAAGGUGGCCAGCGGCCUGUGUGACAACCUGCUGACCUGCGUGAUCCGCGCCUGGGACCGCAGCAAGCCGCUCCUCUUCUGCCCCGCCAUGAACACGGCCAUGUGGGAGCACCCCCUCACCGCCCAGCAGGUGGGCCAGCUCAAGGCCUUCGGCUACCAGGAGAUCCCGUGCGUGGCCAAGACGCUCGUGUGCGGAGACCAAGGUCUGGGGGCCAUGGCGGAGGUGGACACCAUCGUGGACAGGGUGCGGGAGGUCAUCGCGCAGCAGGCCGGUGUCCCGCGGGGCUGAAGCGGGGAGGCCGGCGGAACGGACCUGGCUCUCCGCGGCGCGGGCCGGGCCGGGGCAGGUUCAGCC